CGGUACCCCGAAUCCCGCUCCUCCGCCGCCUCGCGUCCACCCUUCCUCUUGGCGCGCUCCGAUCCAAGAGAUGGCGGUGCCGCUGCUGACAAAGAAGAUCGUGAAGAAGCGGGUCAAGCAGUUCAAGAGGCCCCAUCUCGACCGCUAUAAGUGCCUUAAGCCAAGCUGGCGCAGGCCAAAGGGUAUUGACUCCCGUGUCAGGAGGAAGUUCAAGGGAUGCACCUUGAUGCCCAACAUUGGUUACGGCUCUGACAAAUCAACCAGGCACUACCUCCCCAACAAGUUCAAGAAGUUUGUGGUGCACAAUGUCUCUGAGCUGGAGUUGCUCAUGAUGCACAACAGAACCUACUGUGCCGAGAUCGCCCACAACGUUUCAACCAAGAAGCGCAAGGAGAUUGUUGAACGUGCCGCGCAGCUCGACAUUGUGGUCACCAACAAGCUCGCCAGGCUCCGCAGCCAGGAGGAUGAGUAGUCUGGUUUCUUGUCACAACGGCCAAAUAGAUCCUGCCAUUCCCGGCUGUAGGAAACUACUCUGCUUUGUGCCUUGUUAGUACUUAGAAUACCAGACAUUUCUACAUUUUUGGUACCAGUAGCGACUUCUAUGUGGCAUAUUCUACUGUUAUCUUGCGUCUUAAUUACCUGCACCUCAUGGUUUCAUU